UCCUCUUAUCAUGUUUUGAUAGAUCUGACGUAGAGACUACCGAACUUAACAGAUUAUUACACAUUUUGGCAUGUAAGAAGCUAUAUGAUAAUAGAAGUUCGCUUAAAAAAGAUCACCUUGCAUCGAUAACAAUAUCAGAGUUUAAGAAACAUUACUUACGACGCAGCGUGCUCGCUGAGCCACUGCCUAAAAUUUCACCAUUAUUAAUUUCGAGCAGCACGACUCAUCAUUCCUUUCCAUCUAUAACUAAACUCGAGAAUAGCUCAUGUGUACCAAGCGCCGUAGACUCGGAAGAGCAGAAGAUAGAUUUUCUGUUCACAUGUCCAGAUAUAAGUGAAUUAGUUUCUGCUUCUGAAAUAGCAAACAAUGCACCAAAUGAUCACGUUAUUGAUGACUUCGAAUUAUUUGAGGAUUUUUCUGAAACACGUGCUUUCCAAGUUUUGCGUGAAGCGUUUACUAAUUUUAACUGCCUGGAUUACAAGUAUUGUGAAGUAACUGAUACUUUCAAUUUAAUGUUUUUUAAUAGUCAUGAUCAUGAUGGUAUAGCUCGAGAAGAAUGGCGAAGUCAUUUACCAACACCCGUCUGUCUACAAGAUUUUUUUGAUUUUGUCUUGGAAGAGCGCUAUGAUUGGAUUCGGAAUGAAGAACAUAUUUAUGAGCAAAAACUUGCUCAAGAUUCUCAGUCUCAGUGUACGGCGGUCGAUCCCCUAGCUUUAAAGUCUUGUGUAAACAAUCAAGACGUGGAUAUGGAAAUGCUAAUUGAAGGUUCUCUCAAAUUUCAAGAUAUUCUAGAAAAUGAAGUAGCGGAAGAACAAUCUAUAACUUCAGAAAAAAUUGGCGAUGGUGCGUCGACAAUACCAACGUCAAGGGUGGCCGAUUCCAAAAGUAGUAAAAAAACGAAGACCGCAGCAGUUGCCUCCCCUACAUUGUCUCUUGAUGAUUCAAACACUGAUACCUUCAUUCCAGCUAAACCAUUUCAUGGCUAUGACCUUAGCGAGAGGAGAGUAGAAGUUUUUGGAAAAGAUGGUACUUUUUAUUCAAAAGACGGGACUCGCGUGUCUAGCCGGUAUAGUUUUAUUAUACCAAUGAACCUAGAGAAUGUUAUCCUUAGCGUAGUUCCAGGAAAUGGUUUGAAUGAAUUUUGGGUGCAUCGAUCUUUAGGAGAAUCUGCUUCGCCAGACGCAAUUAAUAUAUGCGAAUCAUUUAGAAUAUCCAGUAAAGAUCAAGUAGCCUUCAAUUUUAAAAAAGAAUUGUAUCAUCAUCCGAUUCCAAUAGCGUCUGGAUCGUCACUGCAUGAUAAUAUUCAGGUAAAAACAAAAGAAACUGCCCCCAAAUAUCCAUCUGAUACUGAAAUAGCUGCCUCGUUUGAACUGAAAACAUUUCAUACACUUUGUGUUACUUGGCCAAAUGGACUAAUCACUGAAUCAGUCCAUGAACAUAAUUCCUGUACACUGUCACACAUAAAGCAAUACUAUUUAGUGUCAGGGCCGCUACCCGAUGAGGAAAUGAGAUGUAUCAGCUUAAAAGGUGAAGUUAUAAUAUUCAAAACUUCUGGUCUCAUAGAGGUUCUCCGUUCUGAUGGUACGUACUUAAAAAUUACAAAAUAUGGGAAAAAGUUAAUCAAUGACCUGAAUACCACACCCGCUAAAUCGCAACACGUUGAAAGACCAACAAAAUCAGCAAAAAAUGUUAAGUUGGAACCGGAUACUAUAACAGUAAGUACCGCGCCGGUACAGGAAUUCGACCUAUUUAUAGAUGAAUUUGAAAUUAUUGAAACCAACGGCCUUCGUCAGCAGUGGAUAGAUGACCGUGCUUAUGAUAUAGAAAAGUUAUUGAUACGGACUGCCACUGAUUAUUGUUUAGGCGAAGUGUUUUCUCGCAGAAUGGAUGGAACGCAAAUUUUACUGAAUAAAGAAGGAGUUCACAUAGUAACCUUUCCAAAUCGCACACGGAUUAUAACGAAAAUGAUUGUGGAAGACCAGGAGAUAUAUCCAGAGUGGACAGUAGAUGAGGACUAUUACUUUGAUAAUUUGGAACUGCAGGGUAAUUUAUCAGUUAAAUCGAGGCAUUCGGCGUCACUAAAAAGUAAUACUAGUCGUAUUUCCAGAUUAUCUCGAAUGCAAAGUUGUCAGAGCUCUUUAUCAGAGCGAAAACAAACUAAGAGGACCGACGGAUAUAUUUCUGUCCGAAUUUGCUAUACCGUUGAGCACGAAAACUAUACGUCUGUCACUGUCAAUACCGCUAAUGGCAAAGUUACUGUUAACUCUCCUAAUGAUACUAGUGUAACUUUGAAUGCUGAUAAUCAGUAUGAAAUCAAUCUAGAUCCAGCAACGGCAGCAACUUUCAAUGGCCGUGAUUUAAAAAUUGCCUAUUCGGGAUGUACCGAGUGCAAUUCGAAAACAACAUGUAAAAUCAAUAUAUGUGACGAUAAUGACGAUGAAAUGCCCUCUUUGGACAAAAUUCAAGAAAGCUGGUUACAGAUGGAAGAUUCUUUUGGAAAAAGAAUAAUAGUGAAUGAGGAAGGCGCUAUUUUGUUGGAUGAGAGUAAUACACACUUUAACACGACCUUGGAUAUACAAGCUUUAACUCCAGUAUCCGCUGUGCAACUAGAAGACACUGAGCUCAAGUCGGAGGAGCGAGUACCAUCAAAUACGAGUACUUUGGUUCAUGGAAAGUGCAGAAAGAGGUUCAGUGCGAAAGAAAUGAGAUUCUUUGUUCUUCAGCGUGACUUGACUUGUUCCGAGUUGGUGAACAGGAUUCAGCUGGAGGAAGACAUGAAGGAUUGUCGUUUCCAGCCUUGGUGUUCUAUCAACGAGUACGACACAUUCGGCGACCGUCGCAGUCUCCUUGCUAUGUUGAAGCCGGUGGCCAUCACUGAAUCUGAGAAAUGGAUAGUGCACUCUCAAUUAUCCAGCAAGGCGAGUUCCUUAAGAUACAAAGAUCUGAAGAAAGACAGUGGAAAAGGAUUCUACCACUGGAUGAGACCGUAUGAACGUUUCGAGCCCAAGCCUCAAUCAUUUGAAGGACACACGCCGAGGCUACCAAGAGCAUUCAUAUUGAGAAUUUUAGAAAAGCAAUGGAAAGCACGUGAUCGGGAGCAGUUGAAAGGCGCCAGAGAGCUGUUGCGAGCCGUGCUGAAGUACCGGCGGGUCAUGGAGUCCGACUGCGAGAAUCUUUGUCGCGUGCCGGUGAUGGACUCGCGCUCGGCAAGCGAGCGCCAAGUGCACGAUCUCGUGCAGGCUCUGGGACACAGAGUAUACGGGGAGCUGAAGGCAAGACUGGAGGAGGCGGUGGCGAGCAACGCCAAGCCCGACAUCACCACUAGACCCGUACCACCGAAAGAAGUCUUCGAAGAUUUAGAACAGGAAGAAGAUGCAACUGAUUCCUUGAAAAAGUACGAGACGGAACGUGAGAGUCUGGUUCAAGAAGCACAGGUGGUGGAAAUGAGCCCGAACUUGAAGCGCUACUGGCGCCGCCGCGAGGAAGAGUACAAGGAAGAACAAUUCUAUUUGUACCUGCUGCGCGAGGGCAGCGUGCCGCCGUACUUCCGCAACGUGCUGGGCGGCGCCAUCUGGUGGGAGAUGAACGACACGGCCGGCUCCGCAGUCGACCGCUCCGAGCGCCGCAAGAUGAAGUGCGACUGCGACGACGAGGGCGGCUCCACGGAAGACGCGCUGCCGAGUCUGCCGUUCUUGUGAGGAGUGUAAACCAGGCCUAAGGCGUCUAAUCUACACACUAGAAGGCAAGCGCAUGAAACAACGUGAUUUAGGUACGAGUAAGGUACAUAUUUGAGUUUUAACAACGUGAUGGCUAGUUACACGAUACGACGAAUAGAAGUUAUGAAUGUCUGACAUUGUAUCUUAGACGACUAGAAUUCGACAAAGGUGUAUUUGCAAAGAGCUAGCUAUAACCAGUUUUUAACAGUCAUCCGAAAUAUCCGAAUGGUUUAAACUAAAUUGGUAUAUCUCCUUGCAUUCAUUGCCCACUGUGUAAGUACUUAUUAUUCAUAUUAAGUGAGUGUGUGUUACCUCACAAACAGCUUACUCAUACGUGACAGUCUGCUUGUGUUACAAUGUCUUGCCACCGUGUAUUGGCUUUGAAUUACACUCGUUGAA